CAGUCACGCCGCGUCGCAGUCCCCGCGCCGGCCGUCCGUUCGUCCGCGUGAGCCAGCCACAUCGCGGAGACGGGCAGUGACCGGCCGAGGACUCAGGCGGAGCCUCCGAACCACUGAUCAGCCACGAUGAAGAACGCGUCCCUGCUGCUGCUGCUCGUGCUGGCGGCGGCAGCGUCGGCCGAGGAAAGCUGCCGCGAUGGUCACUGCGACGACGCCGACGACGAGGGCGCCGACAAGUACUCGCGCGAGCGGAACAAGCCUGACCUGCGCGGGCAGAUGGCCGUGCUGCAGAAGGCGCUGCUCGACCUCAUGAAGGAUCCCUACAAUCCGGACGUGCUGCGCUCCUCGCUGGCCGAGCUGGCCAUCUUCGCCGAGACGCCCGACGGCAAGAAGUUCCUCGACAACUUCGGCGAGGUGAUGAGCGGCGAGGGAGGUGGCGCUACCGGCGCGCUGGUGCGACAGCUGUUCACAUCCGUGCUAUCGGGCCGCGUGGACCUCAGUCAGCUGAUGAGCCAGGGCAUCAGCGCCGGCUCCCUCGCUAGCCUGGCCAGCGGUCUGCUUGGCAAGGGCGGCGCCGGCAACGGCAUGAAGACCGAGGAUCUGGUGCCCAUCCUGCAGAAUUUCAUGCAGGUGAUCAAGGACGAGCAGGCGAGCCCAUUCCUUCUCGACAGGCUGAACGAGGCGUUCAAGGAAACAAUGAGCGAGGAGCAACUGAAGAAGUUCGAGAAGACUGCGUCCGGCGUGCUGGGCAGCAUCCGUGCCGCCAGCACCGUCGAUGACUCCGACUUCGUGUACGACCAGAGCGCCCUGGAGACAUUCGAGUCGUUCCUGCAGGACUUCGUCGACGAGCAGGAGUGGGACUGGUCGCGGAACGGCGCCACCUUCAUGAAAGAGAUCAAGAAAGUGAUGCGCAUGUUUACCGGCUCCGAGGACCAGAUCGGUCGCCUGCUGCCCUCGCUGAUGGAGGCCAUCGCCGACGAGAAACCCUCCGCAAAGGAGCUCGGCGAGAUUGUCACCAACUUCGGUGGUAUCCUCGGAAACGUGGUGAAGAAGGACAACGCUGAGCCCGAGUUUGUCAAGCUCCUCCUCGACAAGCUUAAGACACCACUGAAGAAGCCGGUCGGUGGAGACUCAAAGGACGAUAGUAAAAAGCAGGAUGAGACCGAUGAGGAGGAUGAAGCGGUUCGAGACGCGGAGAAGACGAAGGAGCCCAAGACUGCGCCGGAAUCCGAACAGAAAGAAGACAAGGAGUCAGAGCCUGAGUCUAAAAAAGAGAACAAGGGUACCAAGUCGACGAUCACCGUGGAGGAAGCCAUUAAGAAGGCGGAGGGCGUCAUGGAGAACGUGCCUGACCUGACCAAACUGAUGGGCUCAUUAGAGUCCAUCGGAAGCGACCCGAUGGCGAUGCAGAACAUCGCGAUGAAGCUGGCGGCCAGUGGCGGCGACUUCAAGAGCAUCGCGAGCAUGAUCCCCGAGGUGGAGGGCCUGGAGGAGAUCACCGCCUACCUAAGCCAGAUCCAGAACAGCAAAAACGAGCGCGAGAUCGCGGGUCAUUUCCAUGCUGUCAUGGACUCGGUGGCAGAUGCCUUUGGCCUGCUGAAGAGCGAGGACAUCCGCCGUUCGGCCAUCGAGCAGGCGCUGCCGUACAUCCGGAUGGCGCACGACUUCCUUAAGGAGCCGAUGGCGCUGUUCAAGAUUCAGAUGGGCGCCGCGUCGCUGGCGACCAUGUACGACACGUCUGUGAGCAAGCUGAUCGAGAUGGCCGCCCCGCACGUGGAGGACACCGUGGCCACCAUGGGCAUAAACCUAGACUUUGAGGCGUUCUGUGAUGACACGUACAAGUUCCUGCUGAAGGCGUACAGCGAGGUGUACCAGUCGCCGAAGAGCGUGUUCCGGAAACUCUCCGGGAAGAAGGAGGACAACUACAUCAUGGACACGUUGGACCACUCGCUGGGCGAGCCGGUCGUGCUGGCCUACAGCGCCUACCGGCAGAUUCGCAGGAAGCCCGAGUGUCUGCUGCAGGCGUUGUGUCGCGCCAACCGCGAGGCGAAGGAGACGGACGCGGGAGAGUACGGCGUGCGCUCCACCGUCAUGAAGGGCACCAGCCGGCUGUUCGGUCUGUUGCUGGCCUCGGCCGAACACGACGUCGACUCGGUGGUGCACGAGCAGGUGGCCGAGGCCGUCGCCGAGGGACAGGACGAGGGCAACUGUGAGAAUUUGUACCCGGGCGAGUGCGAAGAGGACGGCGAGGAGCUGGAGGUCAUCUUCUGAUCGCGGCCAGCGGAUGGACAGCGUCAGCGCAACUCCGGACCAACAGCCGCGGGCGUUGACCUCCCGGCUGGAGCUCACCCCGCGACCGGGCCCGGUGGCCGGGCCUGGACGAACACCUGUGGUGCGGCACGGCGUUCCACAGCUGGGACUCCGCCACAGGGACACGGCUGGUGAGGGGCUCGCCCUGCCCUCCGGCGAGGUCGAGCUCCGCCUGGUGACACGGUCGUGUUCCCCGCGCACCGCAGGACUCCGCGCCGGCCGCGGUCGCUUCUGGCCGCGGCUCCAGCUCGACGGUCGGACUGGUGCUAUGCUGAGCCUGCCGCGGUGCCCCGCUACCUCGGCGCGGUGGCGGCGAGAGAGGCGCCUGUCCGCGACACGCGGGUGACGCCGACAGCACACGAGUGUGCCGGUUGUGUGCGUUGCGUGUGUGUGUGUGAGUGCGAGUUGUGACGCAUUCGAUCCCCGGUAGCAACUGGAGUGAGGUGCCGGAACGCACCGGUUCACAGUGUCAGCAGGGCAACGUGACAGCUCCCUGGCGAGCGGCAGGAUAGCGUGUGUUGAACAAUCGGCGAUCGAAACGCCGCUAGGUCUGAUUUUUAUGGUUGGAUCUGCUCCAAAAUAAGUGUGGUGUCGCGAUGUCUACAUGAUCAGGAAGAGACAGAGAAGCACGGCAUCAUUUAUCAGUUAUCCAUAUGCCUUUUGUACCGCCCUGUCGGAAUGUAAUGCCAGGCACACAAACGCCACGUUGUGCAACUCCGUCCUAUCGAAGCCACAGGCUGUGAACACCGAAGCGUAUUAUACAACAGGAGCUCCGGCAAGGUUUAUUGCGAUGUUCUCAACGCCGCCGUGUUUCCAGCGCUGAUAGCUUCGUGCGCCCACGGAGGUCACAGCUGCACCGUGGCCAGCUUCGCGACUCCACGCAGGUCGCAGCAGCACUGUGGCCAGCUCGUGUUGAUGCAAGCCGGUUACGACUGCAAUGCACGUAUCCAGUGCCUGUACUUACUCUGGGGACAAGUGGGAUGAUCAACUUGGGCAUUAGGAAGCUGACUCGAUAAAUACACUGUUUCCGAUGUUAA